AUGAAGAAGGCAGCUCAACAAGGGUGGAACUACACAGUCCACUUCUUUUCUCUACUUGCACAGUGCAGCAACUACAAUCCAAGAACGAAAAAGACGAGCUGGUGCGGCGUUGAUAUUUGCAUCCCCAGUCGAGGCUGGAAAUGGAAUUUGAAUUUUGAAGUUUGCCUUUCGGAGGUAAGCAACGGUGUUCAACAUCGUUUGAUGCUUUGCAUGGCACCAGUUCUUUCUGUAUCUCAUUCUUUUUCCGGGGGAACAAUUUUCCAUCUAUCUCCAGCAUCUAUCACUUUCACUUGUGUAAUAUCCUCUGCAAAAGUUUCGCACUCGUAGAAAUGCAAGUCUUGCAUUACAAGUCUUGUUAAUUAAAAAGGCAAAUCCGCAUGACAAAUUCUUGCAAUUUACACCAGUACGAUACUUUUUCAAUGCAUAUGUAAAGACAAACGUACAACAGCGGUAG